UGUUGCAACAAGAAUCGAACUCUAAUUUCUCCUUUAGAAAGUGACAGAUAGGGUGGUUGGUAUAUGUCUCCAAUUGAUCUGCAACAAAAGAAUUGAUUGGUAAUUUUGGUCUAACGUUAAACGACGCGCAGCAUAAAGCAUCAAAAUAGCAAAUGCGAGCGUUUUGUGGUAGCCGCUUCAUUACUCUGUUACACCCUGAAAAUUAGAAACCCUAAUUCAGUAAUUUACAAUUCCAUCGUUUCGAUUUUAUCGUUCUGUCUAUCUGCUACUAUUGAGGCAAUUCUUUCAGUUCGUUGAAUCAUGAAAAGAGCAAUGCCAUGGAGUGACAAGGAAGAUGACUCGUCUUCUAGUGAAUCAUCCUCAAGUGAUACCGACUCAGAACCCGAGGAGGGUACUGGAAAGUCUAUAUCAUCACGAAAAUCAUCUGAAGUAAAAUCUGCAAAACGAAAAGGUGGUGGGAUUGAUUUUGAAGCUUUGAAACGACACGGUUACAAAGGAGGUUUAUCAGUACUAAAAGUGCCUCCGCCAAAGGAGGAGCCGAAGCAAGACUGGACGUGGUCUACUGGCAAAGAAAGGAGCAAAGAUCAGGAAAGUGAGGAAUCCUACAAAGAGCGUCAGAAAACACGAGCUGCAAUAGCCGAUGGUGAACUACUUGCAACUGCUAUGACUCCACAAGAGAAGAAGUCCUUUGCUCAGAAAGAAAAGCGAAAAAGAGACCUCGGCCAGACUAGUAGAGGAAAGAAUUAUGUUGAAGAAGAAAAGAGGCUGCUAAGGGAUAGUGGCGUUUAUUCAGGUUUUGAUUGUUAAAGCGUGCAUUAAGUUUUUGUAUAUUACUUUUCCCCCCAUACGCAUAUAUCGAUGAAACAUAUUUUCUCCGUAUUUUGGAGAGUUUAUUCAGAUUCUGCUUUGCCUUUUUUUCUAAGAUCUUAUUAAUUAUAUCGGUGUUCUUAUAC